AUGGCCGACACACCCGUCACCAUUCGAACGCGCAAGUUCAUCACCAACAGACUCCUCUCGCGCAAGCAGAUGGUCGUUGAUGUCCUCCACCCCAACCGACCAAACGUCUCCAAGGACGACCUCCGCGCGAAACUGGCCGAAGUGUACAAGUCGAACAAGGACCAGAUCAACGUUUUCGGCAUGCGGACGCAGUACGGUGGCGGCAAGUCCACUGGCUUUGCCCUGAUCUACGACUCGGUCGAGGCCAUGAAGAAGUUCGAACCCUACUACAGACUCGUCCGUGUCGGCCACGCCACCAAGAUCGAAAAGGCCAGCAGACAACAGCGGAAACAGCGCAAGAACCGAGGCAAGGAGGUCCGGGGCACGGCCAAGACGAAGGGUGCCAAGAAGGAUAAGAAAUAA